UCUCAAUCCGCUGUAUUGUAAUUAAGUAAAAUAUAAACGACUUGGUCUGGAUACCUUGCUGUUGUAUAAACAAAUAACACUUGAAAAUCAUGGGAUCCAUGCUCAUAAUGCUAAAGGCUCUAUCACUUCUACUGAUCCUAGCAGUAAUAUUUCCAGACGUUUCGGCCAAAGGAAAGAAACCGGCCAAGCCGGUCUACGAUUGUAAGAAAUACGGCAAGAAUUUCGUGAAUCCUAUAUGUUGCUCAGUUGACAAAGGCACCGAGGGCAGUCCCAUCCCGGCAACAGGAGAGGCUCAUCCGCCUGGGGGAGGCAAAAAGAGAGAAGGAUUUGGGUGUGGAAAUAAUGUGUUCAGAUUCGGGAUGUGUUGUAACAAAAAAGUGGACAAAAACACGAAGAAGACCGAUAAACCGAAUACCAGGAACCGCUCACAGUGUCAAGUCGCCACUGCAACCUUUCCCCAGGCCAAGUAGGAUGAUGUUGCAACAAGGUUUAUAAAAUCCAAGCAAAAUGGAGCAAUUUCCUUGUAAUAAAAAAUAAAUAAUAAUCCUUGCACCUCCUUCAUCCACAGCAUUGUUCCCAAGUGGUGGAUUAAUCACCGUAAUAUAAGUCUAUGGAUCUGUUAAAAUUAAUGGUUAUCCACAUCAUCAUUUUCUAGCAGUGGCAUGUUUCUAAAUCCCCCAUCCAAUUGUAGACUGGUUCUAAGACUUUUAUUCACUGC